AUGCUGCUGUUUCGAGUCUCGUUUCUGCCCGUGCUAUGGGGACUCGUUCACCCAACUGGUCUCCUCGUGACGCCCAAAGUCUCCGGUAUUUCUCCAGUGGACUCAAGUACCCGAGUCACACGUCGCUUGACCGAGUUGACCACUUUCCCCAAGGCUGAACGAGGGUCCAAGACCUUCGCCUUGAUCGACAGCUACGACUGCGACAAUGACAUGGUCACGACUGUCCGCCAUUUCUUCAAGGCCAAUGCCGUCACGUUCGACACGUGCGUCUCCGAGAGCGGGUACCAGAUCUACCCGUAUACAGGCGUCGUCCCGGAUGCCGAGAUCGUGACGAACUUGGUGAAUGCCAAUGCGUGCAUGGGCAUUGUCACGGCUGUAGUGCUGCUCAAUAUGCCGCCUUGUAUGCUGGAUAACUUGCCCAUGCGAGCAGCGUGCGAGACGCUGUUGUAUUAUUCCGAGGAGCUGCGGGAAGAGGAAGAUCAAGACAAGCGGGUCAAGGCUCCAAGUGCGGACGAGUUUAGUGCAAUGAUGACGUGGCGACGCGACGUCGAUCUCGCUCGAGCAGCUAGGGAACCGUUUGAUGGCACCUCGGAAGCGUAUGCAGCGUUUACUAGCACGGUGCGCAGAGCACUGGCGUCGAGCAAAGUCCAGGUCCUGAAAAAUUACACGGUGGUCUUGGACACGGACGAAGCGGACCCGAUUGAAGUGGACGAUGCCGGCAAGUACCCGUCGUUUGUCCCAACGAAUUCGUCCAUGGACUUCUUCGUUGGUCGCGUGGUUGCAGCAGACGACGAGAGUGACAAUGCACUUGUUGUGAUGCAUUCAAAGAGUAUGGCAGCGAUCCAGAGCUCGGCUGCUGGACCUUUGGCCGUGAUGUAUUCGACGAUGGUUAUAGUGCUAGCCGUGACAUUUUUAAUCUAG